AUGCUGACAGGGAUCAAGGCUUGGAGAAGGUCACGCUUUGCUGCUACAGUGCGGCUGUUGACAGAUUUGGAUGAGGAUGGGCUGAAGUAUGUCAUGAAGAACCUUCCCUCAUGGGUCAAAUUCAGCGACUACGAGAGAGCCAAGUACGUCGUCUCCAAUGUCUCCAAUGCUAUUCUUAUGUGUGCAGACCUAUGCCCUAUCACUGUGAUCAAUAUCUGCAGCUUGAUCAAGGAUGAGCUGGAGCCCUACAUGCGCGAUUUCUCCCCGGCAGUGGUCAGCGGCAUGUACUUUGAGCGGCUCUCGUUCGGCCUGGUGCCCAUGUCCAUCCUGGGCGUGCGCAUUGUGCCCUCCUUCCACGCCAACCAGCAUGUGUCCAUCGAGUUGGAUGUUGACGUGAGGUGGGCGGGCGAGCCGGACGUGCUGCUCAAGCUGGAGCCGUCCACGAAAUGGAUCACCAACGCCGUCAAAAUAGGCAAGCUGAAGGUGCUGCCUGCCGUGAACAUGACGCCGGUAAUGGCGGUGCGCAUGCGGCAGGUGCAGAUCAGCGCCAUCAUGCGCGUCAGCCUCUCCCCCGUCCUGGAUGAUCUCCCCUUCAUCGGCGGCAUCUCCCUCUCCCUCAUGGCCCAGCCCUACAUCGACUUUGACCUCAGGCACUGGACUGCACCCCCUGCGGCAAUUCACUGGCGCAGGCUGGUGGCUGGCCCUGAUAUAAUGUCGGUGCCGGCGCUGUCUUCCUACCUGCAGGCCAGCCUGAUGGAGGUCUUCAUCGACCAGAUGAUCUGGCCGCGAGUGGCGCAGAUACCCUUCAUGAUGCCCAGCUCUGAUGAGCAUGAGAUUGCGGCACCACAUGGCAUCCUCACAGUCCAGGUGAUUGAGGCAAAGCUGCCGCAGCGUCUGUCACGCCUGCGACGAGUGGAGAAGCCCCUGGACCCCUACACAUGCCUGGCAGUACGGCCCCACAGCGGUCCGGUGGACACUGGGACGCAGAGUGCGAGCACGAGUGGGAAGCAGGGGACAACGCACCCGCACUGGCGCGAGGCCUUCCACCUCUGCGUCGGCAGCACCGAGCAGAUCCUCGAAGUUGUCGUCGUGCACGCCUCCGGCAGCAAUGGCGACCACGCGGCGGAUGUGCCGCUGGGCCGCGUGGACAUCCCCAUAAAGGAGAUCAUGCGCGAGGCGGCGCGACCGCGUGGCAUGCGACUGGCGUCUGCUGCCAAGAUCGCCUACAAGCUGCGCCAGACCUCACAGCGCGCGCGCGAACGCGUGGCCUCGCAGCGCGCAGAAGACCACCUCAGGCGAGAGAGCGAGCCGGCAUCAACAGCGGGUGCUGACGACGCGGAGGAGCUACGGCCCGAUCUGCGCAGCGACUCAGCGCCAGCCACGUCAGCGCCGUUUUUAUCGGAGGCCGCGGCGGGUAAACCGCCUAAGUGCCCCCCGGGCAGCUGGCGCUCGCACAGCGACACCUCUCGCGCUGCCAGGAAGGCUGCAGCAAUGUCCUACAAGCGCUCCCUGUCUGAAGAGCACCUGGCAUCCCAGGUGUGUACCGUGACAGAAGAAGGGCACGGCGCUGAUGAAGGACAUAUUGCAGCCACUGCCGCCCCCGUACCAUCCUCCAGUCCAGGCGCGUCGCCGAGCGCGCAGAGGCACCACGAGGGCCUGGCAGAGGCGCUGGACUCGCCGACCGCAUGCCCCUCCGGCAGCGCCAUGGGGUGGGCAGUGGAGGCCAUGGCUGUUGGCGCGGAGGGGCGCAACCCCGAGGACGUCAUCAACCCCAGCCCCUUAAGGAUGAUGCCCUCCCUCCCCACCCACACCCCCAAUCGUACAGCCCAUGAAGCGGCGCUGGCUGCCUGCGCGGAGGAGGGUGCAUGGCUGCCAUUGCUGCCCGUCAAUGCCCAUGGCUCAGGCAAAGCAGCCGCCAGUGAGGCCUCAGCGCCCAAGCAGCGCCAGAUGUCGAGAGAGCGACUCUCAGCGCGGCUGAGCAAGCGCUCCUCCGGCGGCCGCAGCUCGCGCAUGCGACGCAGCAAGCUGGGCGUGGCGGGCGCCAUCCGCCUGCAGCUUAGCUUCCAUCCUGUCUCCGACAAACCCCUGCCUUACAGGUACCCCGACAAAAUUGUGCCCAGAAGGACAGAUGCUGACAAGGCGACAGAGGGUGAGGGGUCUGUACCGGAUCCGGUGCCGGUGCGGCAGCCGCGCGUGCUGGGCUGCCUGGCCGUCAUGCUCCUGGCCAGCAGCAUCACCGAGGUCAAGCUGGGCGUGCCCGCUGUCAGCAUCCGCCUCGGCCUGCAGACGCACCGCUCACAGCUGGCCACUGGGACGCCCAGCGGCCGAUGUGAGUGGAACUACCGCUGCUGCUUUGCGCUGGAGCUGCCCACCCUCUACGACGACAUCAAGGCACGCUCCCUUUCGAGAGUACUCAGCCUUUCCAAAUUGCCAGAGCUCAGAACGGAGGUGUCGAUUGGGGACGCCACGAAGACGCUGGCGUCGCGCAUCUGGGAGAACUGGAUCCCCUUUGGCAGCGAGACAGUGGAGAGCGAAAUCUCUGUGGUCGCCAGCGCGCGCCUGCCCCUCGCUGAUAUCUUCUCUGCAGGCGAGCUGCCUCCCCUUGCUCUGUCCUUAACCCAGGAAAAUUCAGAGUCAUUCCAGAGGGGAAUCAGCCUCUCCUCAUAA